CUCAGAUUCCACCUCUGAAUGGUUGAUCAGUUUUCUCAAUAAAUAGAAAAGGCGGUAGUGUAUAAUGAAGGUGUAUUGUAAUGUCAACAAAUAUGUACAAAAUACAAUGGUUUAUAUAUACUUACGCUAGCCUUGGCUAUUUCCAGGCCUUCUUAGAUUUAAAUGCCGUACUGAUUUUCAUCCCUUCAACCAACCUCAUAUCUACACGUUGGUUCAUGUGCUUUCUCUCAAAACUUCGGAGUGAGAAGACUGGUUGUAAAAAGCUUCAAGGAUAUACGGCUUCUUAUGAAGAUUUCGUCAAUCUCUCUGUACACUAUAACGGAACCUGGUACAAGAGAAAAUCGAUUCAAGUUGCCACACUGUACAGUAGCGUACAAAGAACAAGUGGGUGUCAAAAACGUGCUACCAGAGUAGACUAAAGUGUAUGAAAAAAAGAACGAGGGUUAGUAAUAAUACUUAGAAACUUCGAGGAUGACAAAGACUGAACACAACAGCAACGUUGCGACCAAUUUUGAACCAAUGGCACCAAGAGACUAACCGUUGAUUUCCAACACAUUUCGACGAACUCAGCCUAGGUGUCCCCCUACUUGAAUGGCUGACACCAAGAGUCGAAGACUUUGUGGACUGGUGUGGCCACUCUGAGCCUUCUUCCAAC